GCGCCCUUACGCUGCAAUAAACGUGACUUCCGUUUAAAAAAAAGAAAAAAAAAAGCGAGUGUGGGGUAUGCGCAAUCAAAAGGCGGUACGUGAUUUGCGCAGCGGAACGCGGAAGGGGAAUCGCUUCUGUCUUGGUACGUAAUUCCGAGUCGCUGUGUACCGGGGGAUGGGCCCGGUUCUCGUGGAAUGCUGCCCGUGUUUUCCUUGCUGGGGAUUCGGGAGUCGCCCGGCGGCUGGCGGCGCACGCACACACGCCACUGUCUUCAACGUGGACACGGCUCCGUGGAUAAAAGCGGCCACAGCGGAAGACGUGUUGCUCUCGAACGGGUCGGGAGAUGAUUAGUCCAUUCAUUCCUCAGCUGGUCGGUUAACGGCGAGGCGUUCACGGACUUGUCACCGCAUCUCUUUUGGGGUCGGAGGACGAGGCUGACGAGGCGGUUCUCCAGUCGGAGGGCAUCGACUAUGGGCGAGGAGGAGGAACCGAUGCAGUGGUUCACGUCCAGGCAGCGUCAAAACACAGGGCAGUGAUGCCUGGCAUGGUGAUGUUUCGGCGGCGCUGGUCAGUCGGCAGUGAUGACCUGGUGCUGCCCGCCCUCUUCCUUUUCCUUUUACACUGCAUCUGGUUGGUGGUUCUGUCCGUGGUUCUGUUCGGCCUUCCUUAUGGCUCGGACCAGUCCUGCUCUAUAACCCUGGUGGACCACGGCCGAGGGUAUCUUGGCAUCUUGGUCAGCUGCCUCAUCUGUGAGAGCGCCAUCAUGUGGUUGAGCAUGAGGGGCAGCAUCCUGUACACGCAGCCCAGGGAAGCUGUGCAGUAUGUCAUCUAUAUCCGACUAGCUAUCCUGUUGGUUGAGCUCGUGUAUGCGGUGGUGGGAAUUGCCUGGCUUGUUCAGUAUUACCAGCCAUGCUCUGAUGUCACCGCCAAGAACCUGGCUUUGGGGAUCGUUGCAUGCAACUGGCUAGUGAUAUUCAGCGUCUGCAUCACUCUCAUGUGCACUUUUGAUCCAACUGGUCGGACAUUCGUCAAACUGAAAGCAACUCGCCGGCGUCAACGAAACCUCACAACAUACACGCUCAGACACAGACUUGAGGAAGGUCAAGCCAGCAGCUGGAGCAGAAGACUAAAAUUCUUCAUGUGCUGCACAAGAGCACAGGAUACACAAUCAGAUGCAUAUUCAGAGGUGGCAAGCAUUUUUGCAGAGUUCUUCCGAGACCUGGACAUUGUGCCGAGUGAUAUUAUUGCUGGAUUGGUACUCCUGCGUCAGACGCAGAGAUCUAAAAGAUCGUCUAUAUUGGACCAGGGAAACAAUGAUAUAUUAGCCUUCCUUUCUGGGAUGCCUGUUACACGAAACACUAGAUAUCUGGACCUGAAGAACUCGACCGAGAUGGCCAUGUACAAGGAUGUGUGCGACUACAUGUUGUUCGCUCUCGCUGCGUACGGCUGGCCCAUGUAUCUGAUGAGGAAGCCAGCCUGCGGACUGUGCCGCCUCGUUAGCACCUGCCCCUGCACGUCCGUGUCCGGCUCGCGUUUGUCCCAGUCAGUGACAGUGGAGGAGGACAAUUGUUGUAGUUGUAACGUUUUGGCCAUACGCAGAUAUUUCCUGGACGAGGAGCGCAAGCAAGUUCACAUUGUCUACACGUCCUGCCAUGAUGCUGUUUACGAGACCCCAUUUUUUGUGGCAGUGGAUCAUGAGAAGAAAAAGGUGGUCAUCAGUAUCAGAGGAACCCUAUCUCUAAAGGAUGCUUUGACUGAUCUGACGGGGGAUUCUGAGCGUUUGCCGGUGGAGGGGCAACAAGGGACCUGGCUUGGUCACAAGGGGAUGGUUUACUCAGCAGAGUACAUCAAGAAGAAACUGGAGCAGGAGAUGAUAUUGUCACAAGCCUUUGGGAGAGACUUGAACAAGGGCACCAUGCAUUACGGGCUGGUGAUUGUUGGCCAUUCUCUUGGUGCCGGCACUGCUGCUAUUCUCUCCUUCAUGCUGAGACCCCAGUAUCCCACACUUCACUGCUACUCUUACUCCCCACCUGGUGGCCUUCUGAGUGAGGAUGCCAUGGAGUACUCCAAAGAGUUUGUCACCUCUGUGGUACUCGGAAAAGAUCUGGUGCCAAGACUGGGCUUGUCGCAACUGGAGGGGUUCCGUCGCCACCUUCUAGAAGUCCUACAGAAAAGUAACAAGCCAAAGUGGAGGAUCAUUGUGGGAGGCACCAAAUGCAUCCCAAAAUCGGAGCUUCCACUUGAGGAGGAUGAUCCUCCGACUCAGCAAGCAGCACCCCCCAGCAGUCGCCUGUGGCUCCACCCAAGUGACCUCAGCAUCGCCCUCUCCGCCUCGACUCCCCUCUACCCUCCUGGCCGAAUCAUCCAUGUGGUUCACAACCAUCCUCCAGAAACCUGCUUUGGUCAGGAAGAGCCAACAUAUUCGGCUCUUUGGGGGGACAACAAGGCUUUCAAUGAGGUCAUCAUAUCACCUGCCAUGCUUAAUGAGCACAUGCCUCUCAUGGUGAUGGAGGGCCUCAACAAGGUGCUAGAGAACUACAACAAGGGAAAAACAGCGUUGCUGUCUGCAGCCAAGAUCAUGGUGAGCCCGACAGAAGUGGACUUGAACCCAGAGAGCGUGUUCAUGGCUGCGUCCAACGCGGCCCAGCAGCCGACGCCUACAGCACACCAUCGCAGGAACAACAGUGUUCGACAAAAAACAUUGUCACGUUCGUGUGCCCAGUCUGAAAUAUCUCUGGAUGGUUUCUCUGAGUGUCCUCCUCCUCCAGUACCCGUAGUGUUGCGUGGAGCACGAGAGCGCCUCACUGUAGAACUUAGAGACCGCAAAGCUCCCCUGGCUGUCAUGGAAAGCUUGUCAGACGCCGAAUCCGUAUACAGUCUGGAUUCCCGGCGCUCUUCUGCCGCGCUUAGAGGUUCCCCAUUGCUCAGUAGCCUCCCUUUUCCUUUGGAUGCCACCAUUCCAGAAGAGAACCCAUCUCUCAGCUCUCGCACUGAACUACUGGCUGCUGACUGCCUUUGCCAGGCCACACCAGAGCACCUGGGAGAAAUCAGCCCUUUCUUUACGCCGUCAGAUGCUGCAUCCAAACCGGAGUACUCCAUGCAGCUGUCCCCUGCCACGCCUCGCUACAGUGGACAGUAUUCCCCUAAGCCUCUCAUGCCAGAGCAGAACCCAUACCCCCAAAUUUCUGUUGAUGUGCAACAGAUGCCUGGCAUCUACAGCCCAGGUAGCACUCCCGACGCUCCCCUCAGUCCGCAGAUUGCUUCAAGAGCAAUGGAUGGAGACAUGGAUCAGUGGGACUUCUGCCCAGAGACCAGGCAGGUAAACACUCCUCCUCCACCCCAGCUAUCCAACGGAAACCCCAGCAGGACAGUACUAGAAUUCGCCCAGUAUUUGGACUCUCUAUUCAGGUUAGAUGGCAGCAGCUCACCGCCGUUGGAUCUCUCUGACGGUGAGUCUGAGUCAGGACGUGGCUCCCUCGGGCAUGUCGAAUGCUUGGCAGACGGACCGGAUGACAAACAACUUCUGGCCAGGGCAACUCUGGAGCCCAACCUGGUCCCUAAGCCCCCACGCACUUUUGCCGGAUCGGCUGAUCCUUCCUCUGGCAUCUCCUUGUCACCCUCCUUCCCUCUCUCAUCUUCUGAAGAACUCAAUGACCUUUCACCCGGUGAGGGGGUUCCACCUGCCAUUCAUUCGCUACGAACAUCUCCCCCUAUCCACUGUCCUGAGGAAAACACUCUGUCCUCUAUGGUGUAGUCAGCUCUAUAAGCUACUCCGCAAUGAAGAGGUACAGUCGUCCCAGAUUUAAAAACAUAUCACAGUACGUGCAUGCAAUGGAAUGUAGUCACUCAUCAGAGAUCUAUGGACAGAGUUUGACUCUCUAGCUUUCAAAUAAUUUCCAUUCUUCAGGUGUCCUCCCCCACUUGAACUAUGUUUAUAGCAUUUUCACACUAUUGCAAUGACUGCAAAAAAGAUACCUCUCUGCAUGCCAGGGGGCUGUGCUGCUUUUGGGUGGAAAAGAACAACUGUAGCUACACGAUGCCGUUCCAAAACAAGUCGUGAGACGUCUCAGCAUAUGUUCACCCCCCUGACUCCACUUUAACGAUACCAGGAGUAGUUACCUUAUCCUAGCAGGGAUUCAAAAACUAACACUGUAGAAAGAGCCAGUUUGCAUAGGCGCAUCUUCUCUGGUUGGUGUACUCUACUUUUUGCACCCUCAGCAGCCUCAGAAUAGUUUUUUUUUUUUCCUCUUACUUUUUAUUUUUUACUUUUCAAUCAGGAAUGUGAAGAUGGACAUAUGUCAGUCGCUGUGACAUGACACAAUGUUCCUCAGGUCUAUUCAGAGUUGGUGUUAAGAAAAGAGAUUGUGUGUGUGGGUAAAGUCACGUGUCUUAAACAUUUAGUGAUUGUGACAAAAGUUAAUACGGACGCCUAUGGAUGUUUUUAAACUUUUUGGUUACUCUUUAUAGCGCAUGAUAUUUAUUUUGUAUUUCUUUUCAAAGAGAACUCGUCAUCAAGCCACUUGGGCUGUGUCUCAAAUUGAACACUUCCGUCAGUGCACUCCAAUAUGUACACUAUGCCCCGUUGCCAACUCAGUAAUGAAAGUAGCUAUUGGAUGUCCUAAAAUCUGUAAGAAGUGGUUAAGUGACGUCAUUCAAUUAUUAUAAUAUGCCCUUACGCAACAAUUUUGCGAAUGUCUUCUCCCUCUAUUUCCGAUCAACAUUUGCAAUAAACGUGAUUGUUCUGACACAUCGAUUAGUUCUAGCUCCAAUAGCUCUUUGUCUCUUUUUAAUUCCCACUGCAAGGAAGCUAACACUCUAGUAAAUCAAUAAGAGUUGUGGUUGCUCACUGAGUUGACUAUCUGAAAAAAUUGCACGUCACAUUUAACCCAAAAGAGCUAUACACGCGGAAGAAAAUGGAUGGAUGGAUGGAGCUAUACAAUGAUCAACAUAUAUAGGCAGGAACAUAAUCCAGGUUUAAGAAUGAUACAUUUUUUCACACGAAAAUCUCCAAUAACGUCAGAAAAAAAUCGCUAGUAGGGAUGGGUACCAAGUUUGGUACUUUUAUAGGUACUGACUGCAGUCAGUCAGUAUUAUUAUAUUAUUAAUAUUGUUUAAAACAAUACAAUAGAAUGUACUACUAAAAACUGCAAUAGUUUUAUGAAGUAAUGUAAUAAUGUAUAGUAUUUACCUUAGAGAGUGGACUUUUAUGGUAUCUCUUGCGAGCUGCUUUUCCAUCAAACAUACUAUCAAUAUUUUCUCCAUAUUUUCAUGAAUAAAUGUCCUUUUGUUUAAAAAUGGUUUUAACAGCUUAAGCUGGCGUUAUUUUAAUAUGUAUGGACUCAUUCUGCUUCAGUGCAAUGCUUGCACUGCUUCGCCAGGUCAGGUACACACAGACCUCAGUAAUGUUGCUCCAUGAUUUUUUUCUUUAAUUCAACAAAUAUCAUCUGCUUCUUCUCAGCGCUGUCCUUCCCCACUCACAUUCUUUGUUCCCAUGCAAGUGAAUAAAGAAAGUGAGUGAGUUUGCAAGUGAAACAUCUGUUUCACUUGCAAACUUCAAACGGGGUUCACUGUGACAUUUGCUAGCAAUCAGGCGAAUCCAAAUUGUUGCUUGCAAUUUAUAGCAUAAAAAUUAGCUGAAGGACAGCUCCUAUUCAAGAAACUGUAAGCCCAGGUACCAAUAUAUGUGAUUGGAUUUUUAUAGCACCUUUUUAGACACUCAAAGCGCUUUACACUGAGAACCCAUUAUCCAUGUGGUAAGCUACACACUUUGUAUCCACAUCUACCUUGGGGUAGACUGAUGCAAAUGUGGCAGCCAAUUCGUGCCAACGGCCUCUCCGACCUCCAUUAAAAAUCAAUUCACACCCAUAUACCAGUGUGGGCUGCACUGGGGACUAGGAGGGCGCAGCAGUCACAGGGACUGUUAAAGUUGGGUUUAAAACUACCAAACCCUACAGUUUCUGGAUGACUCGCUCUACCUCCAUAGCCACUGCCACCCUAUAUAAGUGGCAACGCUGAUACUAUGUACUUAGUACUUUGUUUUUGAGGGCACAUAUUUUGACAGUGUAGUGCUGUCCCAAAUCCGUUUUUGUCCUUGUGCACACACAAGGACGAUCGCAAUAAUUAUCCCCUUUUUUUCCCCUUCUUCUUCUCCCCUUCUAAAUUCUGAAUUGCAAGCGCUCUAGUUCGUCCCUACCAUUCCACUUUCUAGCCAAAAUGGCGAUUAUUGAGGGUGGUUAGGCUCCAAUGUUGCACACUCAUGGAUGUAAUUUGCAGUGGGGAAAUAGUAGUGGGGGCUUUUACCCAGCACUUUUUCAAAAAGCAGUUUUUAUCCCCUGCACCUUUUAAGGUCCAAAAAUGUCAUGCUAUUGAAUUAGACUGACCGUACGUCCUCUUUUCCCCGGACAUGUCCUCUUUUGCGGGGCUGUCCGGGCGGAGUUUCUUAAAUGCCUCAAAUGUCCGGCAUUUUGAGUUAGGGUUGCAUGUAUUUUCAAUGUACGUUCAGGGUUAAGAAGGGGUUAAAAACUAAAAAAAUUGUGAAGGUGUGCGCACGCAGCAGCAUUUGUGAGGGAGGGGCAGAGACAGAGAGAGAGAGAGAGUUAUGAUAAACGCGCAUGCGUCGCCAGGCCCUGCUUUUUAUCGAUAGAUUUAUUAGAUUUAAUUUUUUAUUAUCUAUAACGGGUGUCAAAAGUGUGCCCCGGAGGCCAUUUGCGGCCCACAGCUAAUGUUUUAAAGGCCCACGGCACAUUCUAAAAAUACUAUUAAAAUAAACAAAAAAAUAACAAAAGUUGAAAUAAAAAAGCUUAAAGGUGAAAUGUAAUUUAGAAAAAGUUGCAAUGUUGACUAAUAAAACAAAGCUGUUUUUUUUUUCUUUCAAACUGUCAUUGCUCAAAACAUAAUAUUGAAUCAAAAUCUAAGUUAUUAUGAAUUAUUGACCUAUCCAAGGUUCCGAUUACUUCACAUCAAAUAUUCCACUUUGAAAAAUAUUUUUGGUGAAAGAUUUUGCAUAUUUUGUGUGUUUGCCAUUAAAAACAUAGUUUUGUUUGACAAAAAAGGGCGGAAGACAAACAAACAAAAAAACAACAUAAAUAAAACUAAAACAUUUUUAAAUGAGGGAUAGAUCUGAAGUUGAGGUAGACUCCAGAGAUUUAAGCGUUAAAUAUAAAAUGUAUGUAUGCCCUGGCACACCAUUAUCAUAAUUUCAUGACCGAAGCAAAACACUUUUUACACUUUUAUACUGAAAUAAAUACACCUACAACUUAUUAAAUAAAAACAUAGAAAAAACUACCAGCAGCGGUAAAGUUUAGAUCCAUGAAGGAAAGAAGAAAGUGAAUGAAUGUUUAUAACUGAAUACAUUUACAUAUGUAUACAAAUUUGUUUUCUUUUUUAUAAUUUUUUUUAAUGAAUUAAGUAAAGUUUAUGACAACCUUUUUCCAAAACACAAUAUAGAAUGUGAGAAAUAACAGGAUAACGUUUAUAAUUUUUUUUCAAAACGCUUACAAAAAAUGGGACCCCAAAAAUUUACUGUGGGACCCUAUUAUGAAAAUUCCUAGCACCAACACUGCUGUCAACAGAGGAGAAAAAAUGCUUUAUUUAAAUAAAUAUAUUAUUUAUAAAGCAAGUUCUAGUAUCUUUGGCAAAUUUUCACCUAGUCCCGGCCUUGGCGUGCUGCCCGGCUUGGCACGCAUAUAUGUGUCCUCUUUUUGGGAUUUCAGAAUAUGGUCAGCCUAUAUUGAAUGGAGACAAGUCAAACACUAGCGCCAGGCGGGAAAACGGACGCUCCAUCGGAAGCUUGUCCCUUUCGACUGUCCAUAAGCUUGUUGAUUGGCUUUCUAGGGCUGCCUUCUUACCAACGUGACAAUGAUUGACAGACCACGCAAUCAGAUAUUAAAAAUAAGGAAGACGUAUUAAAAAACCCCAAUUAAGGUUAGGUGCACCACUCAAAGGUAGUUAUGUUGUUGACUAAGACUUGCCCUCGGCGAAUAAGGACGCAAAUUGCAGAGAAAGUUUUUGCCAUUCUUGGUAUCAGAAAGUAUUAAUCUUGGUUUGAUUCCCAGGCAAGGCAUUAAAACAAUCUUGAAAAACCCAAGCAAAGUUAUUUAUUUCAAUGUUGUUAUUUCGUACAAACUCUAAAUUAGUGAACAAUCACUUAUAGUACUCCAAAACAUCUAAUCCCUUAGAAACACGCUGUUUACGCGAGCCAGCCACUUCUGAAAUCCAAAGUUGGUCCCUGGUUAGGCUCGCAUGUUGCAGAAUCACCAUGUGGGCCGUGUUAAAUGCAGAACCCGGGAACUUACCGUACUUCUCCAAGCCUUGGUACGGAAGUGUGCGAGUUGAGACACAGCCUAACGGGACUGACAUUCGGGCACUCUUGGGCACAUUAUGUUUGCUCAGGCCCCCUCUUUGCCAAAUAAAUGAUUACAGUGAUAUUGCCAAAUGUAUUUUUCUGAUGUACUUUUUGUAUAUGUUUACUGCUUUAUUUGAGCUAUGUUUACUAUCUCCUACCCCGCUCAUUCCCAUGUAGACUGUUACACGCCACAGGAAAGACAUCACCUGACUCUCCAUGGCUUUCCGGUCACCAACCGCGUGUGUUUGUGUCGACAUUCUGGCCGCAAUAAACCCUUUAGCUCGUAGUUGUCUUUCACCCCUUAGCAACCGUAACCCCUCUUUUGAGGCGUUUUACUAACACGAAUGCUACCGUAAUCGCGCCAUAUCAAAGAAAUCCUCUCCCGACCCUGCAUCCUCCAAUUGUCCCCAGGAUGUAAUUUUUCUCAUUCUCAAGGUGCUCUCAGACAUGACGGACGUCAGGUGUUUUGCUUCCCUUUAAUCUGGUUCGCCUCGUUCUUCCUUGAGGUUAGACUGCGUGGAUAAAUGAGCAGGCAACAAUUCUACACAUGUGGCAGACUAUCUUCCAUAUGGGGGUUAACAGGACGGCUCACUACUUACAUUAUUUAUUACCAUAAACUGUUUUCACUUUUAUUGCUGUAUUUGAUGGUGUUGUUAUCCUUAUUGCUAUUGCAAACAGAUUGGUUUGAUAUCAGUGUUUUUUUAAUUUUUUAUUUCAUUUGAUAGUGAAUCAUUUUUUAAAACAUUCCCAGUAUAAGAAUUGUGAUUUCCCCCCCCCCCGUUUAAAUGGAAAGGUAUUUGACAUACUGCCAUGACAUUUUUACUAAUGUUCCGUAGUGGUGAGACAUUCUGCAGAAUGACCUUUUGUGCAAUGCCCAGCCCAGAGUCGCCAUGGUGAUGUGUACAGUUUUUGUUGGGAACCAGAGUUUUUACUCGAAUCUUGCCAGAUUACGGACACUGCACAGAUAAUCUUGCCAGUCCCACUUGUCUCUCUAUCUCUCACACACACACACACACAUGCACUUUGGUUACACACCCGUUUCGUAGUUUAGCUUUCAGCCAGUCAAAGCAAUGUGUACAGCACCAUUUUCUGUGUCUAAUUAUGUAAGCAGAUGUCUAAAAAAAUAAUGGGUUCCAAUAGUCAUGUAGAGAGCAACUAUAUUUAAAAAAAGAGAGAAAGUAUAUCUCUAUAUUUAAAACAUCAGUAUUGACAGAGUAUGAGAAAUAAUUCAUCAGAAAAUUAUUUAUUUUAACUUGUCAAAUUUCCAAAUUGGUCUAUAAUGAGCUCGGAAUAUUUCCAAGUAUGUAGUGUCCAUGUUUACCUAAUCUGCUUCCUUCCUCUCCUGUCCCCAAUGAGAAUGUAUGUGAUCCCUUCCCUUACUGAAACUUUGCCUGUUAUGGAAUAAAUUA